AUGCAAACAUCAUCUUCGAUUGUACUCGAUUUAGAUCAUACAUUCGAUAGCGAAUCAUUUCAUGUUUUGCCUAAUAGUAAUCUUUCAAUAACAUUUCGUUUUUUACGGCCUGGUGAUCAAUCUGAAGUGAAAUCCCUCUGUGUCGAUUGGUUUCCAGUCGAAUAUCCUGACAAAUGGUACGAUGACAUCGUUCACAACAAGAAAUAUUUCUCCUUAGCAGCAUGUGAUGUUUAUACUCAGCAAAUUCUCGGCCUAAUCGUUGCAACUGUUCUUCCACUUGGAAGUUGUAAUAAUGAAGAUCGUCAAAUUCUGCAUAAAAUAUUCUCCUUGACAACGUCCGUUUGCUACAUCCUCAUCUUAGGUGUUGUCAAAGAAUAUCGACGGCAAGGUCUGGCUAACCUUCUUCUCGAAAAUCUAUUGAAUACAUUAGCAAGAUACGAAACAUGUAAAGCUGUUUAUCUACAUGUUUUAUAUUCGAAUAAAUCAGCAAUACAAUUUUAUCAAUCAAAAUUAUUCCAAUAUCGCACACAUCUACCGUAUUAUUAUUUAAUUAAAGGCGAACAUUUCGAUGCGUAUUGUUUUGUUCGUUAUAUCAAUGGUGGUUAUCCUCCGUUUACUCUGUCCGACUUCCUGACGAAUAUGUGGAUGCGUUUAACGAAAGCAAGUCCUUGUCGGUUGCUCAAUACACUGAGAUAUUUUUUGGCAGAUAGAUUUUUGUUUCUGAAUACUAAUAAACGUUUAUUAUCAUCUUCAUCGUCGUAUAAACAACUGUCGCGUAUUGUCUAA